AUGGAACAAAAUUUAUAAAAUUAAUAAAUAGAGAUAAAGCAAUAAAAACUGAUUUCACUUUUAGAAAACAAAACAAAUUAUUGUCAUGAUUAUUUUAUUUAAAAUGCAAAAAACUCUAUUUAGAAAUAUUCAUAAAUUAUCAAUCAUUUAUUUUUAAAUGUAGAAAUUUUCAAAGAAAAUAAAAGCUAAACUAUUGAUUUUAGCAAACUUACAACUAAACAAAUUGAUAACUUAGAAUAACUAGCUAAUAAAAUAUCUUAACUUACUCAAUAGUUUGGACAAGCUUACUACAAUAGUACCUCUCCUAUUCUUGAAUAAUAAAAUAAAUCAUAUUUUACUUCAAAAUAAUUAGGAAAUAAUAAAGAUAUUGAAUAGUUACUUGUAAAUUAUCCAAUUUUUGAAACUAUAAAUUUACCUUAAUUUAAUAUAGAAUUUAUCAAAUCAAAUUUCAGAGAUAGUUAAUAAUUAAUUUUAGAAAAAAAUAAGCUAUUUGGCUAUAUAGUAAAGCAACCCAAAUCAUUAUACGGUUAAAUAUUUACUAGAGAUAAAUUAGAUCCUAACUUAAAUUAUAUUUUUAGAUGUAAAGUCAACAAGAAUUUAAAUUGUAAUAUUUUUUAAUUUGGAAUAAUGAAUACAUAAGAAAUACAUAAUUAAUAUUUAUCUUAAGAAAAUUGUUGCUUUAUAACUAAUUACAGUGGAUAUGGUUUAGAUAAAAUAUUAAAAGGAAAAAAGUUAAAUGAAGUGCAAUAAGAAAUAAAUGAAUUAGAAAUUAGAGUUAAUAUUUCUAAGAGAGUUGUAUUAUUUAUGGACUAUCCAAAAUAUUAAAAUAUAAACAAAGUUGAUGAGUCUAAAAUAAUAUAAGACAAAAAUUAUAGCUUUGGAAUAUUUUUUGCUACUCCAGGUGAUGAUUAUAAUAUUGAAAUAGAAACAUUUUUAAUUGACGAUAAAUAUUUAGAAAACUUUGAUUAAAAAUGA